GUUCCACCCCUUGCACCCACGCGGCACUGACGAGAACCGUAAACCUGCCUCAAUACGAAAUGGCGACUAUUGUGAAAAACAUUGAUUUCUAAUCCUCACAUCAUCACACGACAAAGCAGAUAUGUCCAGAAGUGUGACGUCAGACGGCACGUUUUUUCGGCAUGCACACAUAUGCGAUCCUCCUGCAGGCCGUGCGAUCAUGGGAUGAUCGGACUUCUUUCACCCUCGUGUCGGGAUUCCACCAUCGCCAGCCUCAUUUUCUCGUUUGGCGUCUUUUGCCUUUCCGCCUCUCGGGUUCCGGAACGUUCGGCGAUGGUUCGUGGAUUACGGGGGAAUACACACAAUUAUCCCUGUUGUUCUUCACACAUGGGCAUGAUCGAACAUUCUAUCGGAAACUUUGUGGCGCUUUGGCGCUGGAUGGGCUUGACGUUCGCUCAUUGGUAUCAUUGUUUCCCGGGUGCUCACUGUCCUCUGCCUUGAAGAUGUGCAGAAUCGAACGUUGCGCUACGUCAUUGGAUCUUGGUGACAAUUCCAACGUUGUGGUUCACAACGAUUCUUCUCUGUCACCUUUCAGAGAUUUGCCCAAAGCACUCCAGUGCCAUUGGGCUGUUGAUGGUGAACGUCUACGAAAUUGCGAUAGAUCAUGAGGCCUUGAUGUCUACUUGGUGGUGGAUAAGGGCAGGCAGAACAGGAAUCGCCGAUGAUGCAUCUCUUCGCCCAGGUUAUGCACGAAUUGUGCGCAAUGUCUGAAUUGUGCCGUCGAAGGAGUC